CUCAGGGAGUUGUCCAAAACAUCCCAGAUGACACUGUCCUGUUGAAUGGUCUGUUUUACGACUGGGCAGUAAAAGUUCCACCAGGUUAGAAGAGUGAUGACCAUCCUGUUCCUUACUAUGGUUAUUUCAUACUUCAGUUGCAUGAGAGCUGCGCCCCUGAGAGACGCCCCGGGCAUGCGGGGCCACCGGACGGAAGGCUACUUGGGCGCUGCUGCGACGGCCGCACGAGGCCACGGGACUCCACAGAAUGGUGGUGGGCCAGGCCAGCGUGGGGCGUUACCCUCACUUACAGACACAUUUGAGCAAGUGAUAGAGGAGCUGCUGGAAGUGGAGGGAGAGGCGGCACAACUGGGACAGGGGGCUGAUAAGAGCCAGGGUGGUGGGGGCCCGUCCUCUGUGGUCACCGCAGAAACGAAGGAUGUCGACCUGUAUGAGUCACGGGUGAUGAUCAGCAACCAAGUGCCUUUGGAGCCGCCGUUGCUCUUUCUUCUGGAGGAAUACAAAAACUAUCUGGAUGCCGCUAAUAUGUCCAUGAGGGUGCGGCGACACUCCGAUCCCUCACGGCGUGGAGAGCUCAGUGUGUGUGACAGUAUUAGCCAGUGGGUGACAGCUGUGGAUAAAAAGACGGCAAUAGACAUGUCUGGGCAGACAGUUACCGUCAUGGAAAAGGUCCCUGUCCCCAAUGGCCAACUGAAGCAAUACUUUUAUGAGACCAAAUGCAACCCCAUGGGGUACACAAAGGAGGGCUGCCGAGGAAUAGACAAGCGGCAUUAUAAUUCCCAAUGCAGGACAACCCAGUCCUAUGUGCGAGCGCUUACCAUGGAUAGCAAAAAGAAGAUUGGCUGGCGGUUUAUAAGGAUAGACACUUCAUGUGUAUGCACAUUGACCAUUAAAAGAGGGAGAUAGUGUAUAAAAUGUAUAGAUUUUAUUGAAGAGUUUAAAAAAGAGAAUAAAGAGAAAAUAUCUAUUUGUAUAUAUACAUAACAGGGUAAAUUAUUCCGUCAAAUGAAAAUUUUAUGGACUGCAUGUAAAAAAAUAUGAAGUUUAUACAGUAAAAGUGAUACUACAGUCUAUUUAUUGAACAUAUUCAUGACCUUGUAAACAAUUAAAAAAAAUCUGAUCAGUCAUUUGCGCCCAGUUUAAAUUACUAUAUCACAUUCCUCAAGACAUUGUGAUUUGUUUACGUUGCCAAGAAUUAGAAAAAUGAAGGAACAAACAGGCAAGGAAGGAGAGAGGACAGUUCCAUCUUCAAAAGCUUGCAUGCUGCUUCAAUUGUGAAUUGAAAAAUUCUCCACUUACAAAAAAAAAAAGGAUAUGAUGCUGACCAAAACAUUCCGUUUACAUACUCUGCAGAAAACCGAUUUUCCUCUCAAGUAAUUUAUCUGUUUACUGUUCUAAACUUCUCAAGGUAAUGUUGGAAAUACAUACUAUGUCAAGGUGCUGUUGUCAAAGCUUUGCUGUUUAUUUUUUUA